GACUCGCUCGCACGCUCGGUCGCUCGUUCGCUCGCUCGCUCGCACGCACGCUCGGUCGGUCGCUCGGAGUCGUUAGCUCAUUUUCCUCGCUCUCGUACGGCCGCUCGUCCGUUCCUCGCGUGGUGCGGCGCAUUCAGAACGUGCACGGGGCUCGAUGCGGCUUCCUUCUGUAAAAACGAGGAUCGCGACCAGGUCUUACGGCCACGACUACGACACUGAGGAAGGGUCGGACGUGAUAGCAUUGUCUCAGUGAGUGAGAGAGAGGGAGAGUGACGGAUUUUUGUGCCGGAUUCAUUGGCCGAGACCCGGACAAUGCCAGGAACUCUUGUGUCUCCGUUCACGGAGUUUGUGCGAAGCGCGCGCGUACACGUGCUCCGGACACGGGUCUGCUAACUGAAGAUCCUCGGGCUCACGGGAAUCCUGGAUACACUUUGUUCGCUCGACAUUGGGAUCGUUAUACUUUGACCUAGGAAGCCUGUGGCUGUCUUGUUGUGCGGAUUUUCUUUGACGGUUGCCUUACUUUUUUUCUUUUUUUUUUUUUUUUUCUUGCGUUUUCGACACUUAUCGAUUCCGACGAAUUAUUUGCCGACUGUUCGUAGUUUUCUGUGCUGUUAUUUACCUUGACUAUCGGUGCUCACGGUGAUAUGGAUUUAUGUUUUGCGGAACUUUGAGUGACUGGUUAAAAAAUUUGUUUCUUUUGUGAAUCAUCGAUUUCUGUACUCUGGAAAUAGCGGCUCUUCUGGAAUUUUCUGCGCUGCAAUUUUUUGUUCUUUCGAUCGCUGGAGGAGCAGUUGGGUACGGGCGCGAUCAAGAAGGGAGAUCCCUACUGGAAGGUGGUGGCAGUGACAGGGGUGGCGAAGGUCACGGGUGUGGGCUUAGGGGUGGCAUCAUGGACUCUCAUCAGCAACAGUUCUGCCUCAAGUGGAACAGCUUCGGUAGCAACUUGGCCACCGCUUUUUCGAACCUCUUCAAGAGCGAGAGUCUAACCGAUGUCACCCUUUUUUGUGAGGGAGUCACGUUCAAGGCGCACAGAUUGAUCCUCGCAGCAUGCAGCAAGCACUUUCAGGAACUGUUCGAGGGUAUGCCACCAUCUCCCGCAGGAUUGAUAGUCAUUCUGGAUGGUACGAGUGCCCACAAUAUGGCAGCUCUACUCGAGUUCAUGUAUCGUGGCGAAGUCCACGUGUCCCAGGAGUCUCUUAGCUCCUUUCUCAAGGCUGCCGAAUGCCUGCAAGUGAAGGGCCUCUCAAUAGAGCACGAGAAAUUGGCGGUGGCGCAGAGGCACGCUGCGGAAACAAAUAAUUCGUCGUCGGACGGCGGAGGUGGUGGGGGCGGUGGAGGUAGCGACGGUGGCGGCGGUGGCGGCGGAAGUGGAACCGGCGAGAUCACCGGAGCCGGAAACGUCGGCGGUAGCGUCGUCAAGAGGUCUCCGACGCCAGCGCCUUCGCCGGCGUCUACCUAUACUGUACCCAACGCUUACUCUACGUCUCACUAUUACGAGAGCCCACGAAAGAGGGUAAUAAGGACGCGUGUGCAUGGCAGGUCGCCGAGCGACGUGGACGCCCUCGGCAGGGCGAGCGUUUUACGGGACGGCGGUACGUUCCGGCCCGCAUCUGCUCCCCAUCCACUUCUUCUCGAGAGUCCUGUGUAUCAGCCGUUUCCUCAUCCUUCGGAGACGCCGACCCACCCCCAUACGGCGCCCCACACGCCCACGGAACUCGAACGGGAAUUGGAACGGGAUCGUUCCGAGGAACGCGGUAAUGGAGAACACAAGGACAGCGGUGCAGAAGAUUUGCGAAUAAAGCAGGAACCAGUGGCGCUGACGGAUCGCGAAAGGACAGAAAGGUUGGCCGAAAGGUUAUCCGGCGAGAUCUACACCGGUAGAGGCGUAGAGGCUGGUACCUACGGGCCACCCGCGGACCACGUACACCAUGGCGCCCAAUUGGGGCCCUCUAUGGGGGGCCCCAUGCCUCCUGCUCAUCCACCCACCCCUGAUCUCAGUCCAGCGCCAACUACACCCGCCAUGUGGAAUACGAAAAUAAACAAGGCCGGUACCGUGUCCACGCCCGACGGUAAAAAGCUUAAGUGUCCCUUUUGCGAACGACUGUACGGCUAUGAGACGAAUCUACGGGCUCACAUAAGACAACGUCAUCAGGGCAUAAGAGUACCGUGUCCAUUCUGUGCGAGGACCUUCACAAGGAACAACACGGUACGACGGCACAUUGCGCGAGAGCAUAAAGCCGAGAUGAAUCUGAAGGCAUUUCAGCAAGCAAAUCACUCGCUAACCGAUACGGUGCCGCAGUAACAAGGCUUGCGAGGGAGCCACAGUACCAAAAUCAACUUUUAGCGGCUACUAAAGUUACCUGCGAGUAGCGAGAUGCGCCCUCUACAUCCUCCGAUCGUUUCCCCUACUCCCCCCACUCCUUGGACCCAAGCUACUCCCCACCAGUGACCCCCGUUAUCGCCAUCGGCCAAUCAGCGCCCACCGCCCCGCACCGAGCUCACCCGAGGACGCCCGAACGACGCGCCUCGGGCAGCUUCGGGUCUGCCGAGGACGCACGAGGACGCGCGAAGAAGUUAUUCGUGCUGAGGUCACGUGACCCGUCAGGGAAUCACGUGAACGUCACCGUAAAGAGAUACCUGCAGGAAGUGGACGCGUGUCGCGUCAGCUCCUUAGUUACGUUUAAGCGUUAAGGACGUUGCUUAAGGAACGUGUGUCUGUAAAUUGUAGAGGGUGCGCGAGAGACGCGCGAUGAACGGAUAUCUGACGAUUUUCGAAUUAUGUUUUACUUUGCAUAUUAAUUCCUUUUUUAACCCUCGUAAAGAAAAUCGACAACUGGGAAAAACGAUGUUUAUUUCUUUUUUUUUUUUUGAAAAUCCAAUUUGGAUUUUACACAAUUUUCUUCUUACACGAUUACUCCGAUAAGAGGAUGUAGCGUCUUUGAAUUCGAAACAUGAAAAUUAAUUGUUCCCUCUGAAACAAUGGAAGAAAAAGAAAAUUUAUCAAAAAAUUUUUAUAGGCCAACAAAAAUAUUCACGAUACGUUUGACACCCUACAGACAGUCUCGAAGACGUGCAUUUUAUUUCGUAAUAUGACCAAGAGUCCUCGAAAUUUUUUUUUUCGAUAUUACCUAUCCCCCCUCAGAAAUCCGUUCUACGCGUUCUUCAACGUCCCCCGUGUAAAGCGUCGUACGUCGAAUGCGCUUAUAAGAAGAAACGGAUAGGAAUGAAAAGCAAAAAAAAAUAGCCCAGUUCAUAGAGAAAGCGUAUGAAUACUCGAGGGACAGGAGGAAAGGAACAAAAGAAAAAGUAUCAAUUAAUAAUACAGUUCGAAAUGGAUAAUCGACGCCGGAGCGCCUACGCGGGUUGGUUUAAGUGACGCGAGACGCUGCGACGCCCGAGACACACAAGCUAUACAAAUCACAAAACUAGUCAAUGAAAGUGCAACGGUCAAGUAAGGAUUUAUUAACUAUACUAUAAAAGAAACAAAAAAAAAAAGAAAGAAAGAAGUCGAAUCAUAGCGGGUAAACGGCGAAUAACAAAGAGAGACAAAACGACAACAAAAAUCACACACACACACACACACACACACUCUUAUUAACGAGAACAAAAGUUGCAACAAAAGUAAUGCAAAUUAAAAAAAAAACACACACAACUCAGGUAUAAUUAGUGAAAGCGAGUAAAAAGCCUGACUAUCCGAUUGGUGCUUGUCGUGGACCCAAUUUUUGGAUGCCAGUUGUGAUUUACUCGCUUACUCUAAAAAAAAUGAUAUACGUACUGCGAUAUAUAACGCUACAAACUACGUUAAAGAGAACCACUACCACUGCUACUGUCAUCACUAUUACUACUACUGCUGCUAACUAUUACUAUCAUUAUACUAUUACUACGUCACUGUCCCCUAUACCAUUACGUACUAUGACACUACUACGUAAAGCUACCACUUCUAUUUUCUAUCUUCUAUUAUUCCACUACUACUAAGUACUAUCGCUACUACUAACUUCUACUAUUACUAUUACCGCUACUAUACGGUUAAACAGAAGAGCCCUAGGGUCGAAUCUGCAGUUGACCAGACGAUUUCUUAAUCGUAGGUAUUUAAGUUCUAUCACGUACAGUGCCAAAAUCUAAAAUUUUCAAACUGGGCUUCGCGCGUUGCCCAUCAACUUUUUUAUACCGAUUAAAUACAGCCUUUUCAUUUUCUAUAACGGUUUACGAGACUAAUACGAUGCUAGGAUGUAACCAAGUACCUUACAAUAAACCAUAAGUACCAGUUUGCGCUGUAUGCACUUAGGUCGCGAAGAUCCGGUGCCUCGAUUGUUCUAGAAUGUUCGCUGACCUUCGACCUUCAAUACCGUAGUUACGUAAUCGAGAAAUAGGGUCGAGUAUCGCACGAGGGUAACGUUCGAACGAUUUUUCAGCCGGUGUAUAGCAAUAAUAAUAAUAUAAUAAUAAUCAUGCAUCUACGAGACCUGACCGAGUCCAUUUCGAAAAACAUUGAUAGUUCUUAUCGGUGAAAAAAAAAUAAUAUAAUACACCGAAUACGCACAAACCAAGGGGAAACCUUAACGAUGACCAAUCGAUGGCACCCGUGAUUAUUUCAUUGAGACCGGAAAGUGCAUCCGCAAAAUUCAAGCAGAACAAUCGAUACCACUUUGUUACCUAUUUACAAUGUUUAAAUACGAUGGACUUUUGUCCUGAGCAAUAGUCGCGUUAGCGAGAUGAGAAUAAUAGAUGAAACGGAUACAGAUGAUUAAUACAUAGUACAUAAUUGUGAAAUAGCGAACUGAUUUACAAAAGGUAAUACGACACGAGGCAGAUUUUAAAAAAGUGACAGAUGGAGCGUGGGGGGAAAGAUUAAUAAAGAAUACGCAGAAUCGAUAAACAAUAGAUAACGUUUUUACGAAUUUCACAUAUAGUUAGAUACUCCUAGUCAGGGUGGCACCACGAUAUUACUUGUUGCAGUAUUUACAGUUUUUACAGAUUUUCAGUUUUUUUUGUUACAGAAAAGAAAGAGGAAAGGAAAAGUUUAAAGAGUUACCUCACAACGAUAUGCCUAUCGAUAAGUUAUAUCAAAGACAAUAGAUGAUAGAUGAUUAUUUAAUGUUUAAUCGAAGCGCCGACGUACGUGAAAAUGUAGGGGGCGGCAGGGGGGAGGUUACAAAAAAUUUUUUGAGACCUUUGCGUACACACACACACAUACAUGUACCCAUAAGAGUGUAUUUCAUGGUUCAGACCAACUGAAUGGGGUUUUUUUUUUUGGUGGUAAUAUAUUGCUACGUCACCGUACGAAUUAAUCGCACUUAUCACACCUAUCGAUAAGCACUAUAUACACGUUAUACGGAUACAGUGAAAAAUAUAGAUAUACAAAGUCAAAGCGUGCAUACUCAUACGUGUAUCGUAAUUAAUAUGCCACUGUACGCGCAGAUCUGCCAAAAGUAUGGAAAAUAAUAAUAAUAAUGCUACCUCAAGAUUUUUUAAAUCGUGACAGGGAAGAAAAUCGCGAUAUAGCGUAAUGAUACUGGUUACUUGUAGUCUGGUUGGUAACGGGGUAGUUCUCCUUGUACCGGUGACCGCGUUCUUGUUCGUUUUGAAAAUCUCGAGUACGAUGAAAGAAGAUAAGAAAUGUAUAAUUUCCAAGAUGAGAAAAAGAGAUGUAUCGUUGAUUAUAAAUAUUUUUGAAAAUUGCGCAAUUGAAAAAAAAAAGUCAAAAUUUUCUAAUUCGUUUUUGGCAAUUCUUCUUUUUUUUUUUCUUGCAACAGGCACGCUUUUUCUUUACUGGUGAUUUUUUCAAAAUUUACAAAAAAUCGAUUUUCGAGAUUUCCAGCGAACACGCGAUCCGUUAUAUCUACGUAAUAAAAAUAGGUCCGUUUUUUACCGAAACUUAUCAUAACAGAUGAUACAUAAUAUAUAUAUUCAUACAAAAUAUAUUAAAUAUAUAUAACAUAUAUAAAUAUAAAUCUAUAUUGCAAAACGAAAGAAAUAAAAUAGAUGCAGAAAGAGUUAGAUACGUCGAAGCUUAAAAAUUCGAUUUGACACGGCAAAAGUUUUUUUUAUUAUCUCUGUUUUCCGUUUAAUUUGCGUUUUUAACGCAUAAACAUAAAUCGAGAUUGAAAGUCAGUAUAUCGUGAUCGGUAACGUUACGCAAUUAUCACAUGCACGCGUAUACAUUAUAAAUGUACACUUUUAUAGAUACGCGGACAUAAAAACAGACACAACGUGCACACACGUCCAAAAUACAUACCCGCUGACGCAAAAGUAAGCAAGAGGAUGCAAUUCGGGGCGAUGACGCAUUCACGGUGGGUGAAGAUAAGGAAUGAAAAAAAAAGAAAAUUGCAAGAAUUGAUUGUAAAAAAAUGGGGCAGGAGGGAAAUUUUUGUUUGAGCGAAUUUGGGAGAGGGGGAUUUCAGAGGGGGUGGGACGGCUGAUCAUGGAAGGGAUGGACGGGAGGCUGCGAUCAAAGAUAGCGGUAUCGUGGUCAGAGGAAAGAAAAAAAAAAUACCGAACUUACCAAGUGGAAAAGGGUGAAAAAUAAAAAGAUAAAGAGAUAACCGAUUAACAACCGAAAUAUAUAUAUAUACACAUAUAUAUAUAUAUAUAUAUAUAUAUGGGUUGUAAAUGGCGUUAACGAGGUGCCACGUAGGGUUCGGGUUAAUGGGACACGUACUACAGGCAAGGCAUAUUAUAUAUUACAAAAAAAAAUAUAUAGAUAUAUGUAAAUAGUUACGACAUGUAUGUAAAGUAAAAAGGAAUUAAUAAUUGAAUAUUUUUUUUGCGGCUCCUCUGCUGAGCAGAGAACGGUCUCGAGUACGAGCGAACGAAAGCAGUGAAUAUAGGAUUAGGUUUAAUAUACCGACCCCCGCCAUGCGAUGGUUUGUUUUUUUUUUUUCCCCGAAAGAGGGGACAGAAAAAAGUUAAGGACGAAAGGUACGAGAAACCGAAUGAAGAAGCGAAGAGAAUAAUGAUAGGCACACGUGGGAAAUGACGGAGCGUGAAAAGUCGAAGAUAUAAAAAAAAAUGAUCGAUAUCUGUUUUUUGAAGGUGAAGGAUGAUUUUGGGGAGAAAAGGGGGGGGGAAUUAAGAGGGCCGAAGCCAAUUUUUUUGCUAAUAUUGUUUUAGCUAAGAGCAUACGAACUCACACACACACACACACGCGCGCGCGCGCGCGCGCAUACACUCACAUACAUGGAACAGUAAAAUUUACGUGUAUCAACCAAAAAAACACACACGGUCGUAUAUGGAGGUUAACAGUGGAAGAGGGUGUUUGAGAAAGUGAAGAAUAUGCGAGGGAAGUACCUAGAUAAUAGAUGUAAAAUUAUUACGAAAAGAAAACAACAAAAAAAGUAAAAUUUAUAUUAGUUGUACUGCGGGGGAGAACGUGCGAAAAAAAAAUGUCAUUGAGUUUUGCGGACGAAUUGGUAUGUGCGUGUGAUAGAGUGUGCGAAAAAAAAAGCGUUUUUUUUUUGUAAGUGUGUUUUUUGUGAUUGCGCGUGUGUGUACGCGCGAGAGAAGACGAGAAGGCGUCAUUUGUAAUUAUGUAAAAUGUAUGUGAAAGGACCGAUGGCAGCGCCGUGGUGAGAGAAUCGCGCGUUAUUCUCUCGUCUACUAUCUUCAUUUACUUAUCCACGUUUUCGGCGCGUUUCAAUUUACUUCGAUUUGACACCUGUCAUUUUCCAACGAAAGAAAAAAAUAACGCUCAAGCAGCCACGUGGUACGUACGUCAAGUAAUACGUCAUACGUCGCGCAUGCGCGGUCGAGUACACUUACCGAAACGACCCGAACCUUACCGAAAGGGCACGUUCGGUUUCCGGUUAGUUCUGUUUCUCUUAUUCUUCUCCGUCUGCUUUCUUUUCCCCUCGGCCAAAAUUUCUUUUUACGUUUUUCUUUUUUCUUCAUCUUUUUGUUCUUAAAAAUCAUCGACAUCAGGGCACGCGGGUGGGUCCCACUGACAUCUUUAAUAAUUGAUAUCGAAGGAAAAUCCAAUAACAAUGACGAACAUUACGUAAGCGUUCAAAGACCGAUACACGUGUUUGUCUGAAUUUUGAAUUUUCGCGGUACUCGACGUCUGUGUUCAAGACCCCCAAGACACUCGGCGCGACCCUGUUGUCGGUGUAAAGAUACUUUAUAAAUAUAUAUAUAAAUUUAUAUAUAUAUAUAUACAUACACGAUAUAUAUAUAUAAUUAUUGUACUACGCAGUAGGAUAAUAUGUUGCAUGUUGUUUAUAUAUUAUGUGUUUAUGGAUUCUAAAUCCUUUGUAGAUGUCGUGUGUGACACAGCGUGGCAAAGUGUUCGCGUCGCAAGCCGGGCGCGCAUGCGUACAUCCAUCUUGCGCGUACCGCGCAAGGGGGAUGAUGACGUCAGGCGAGCAGGAUGCGCGCGACGGUACAAGAAUUUUAAAUGAAAACAAAACCCUCCUCUACUGUAACGAUACGCAUCACACAGGUUAUCUACUGUGAAAGAGAGAGAGAGAGAGAGAGAGAGAGAGAGAGAGAGAGAGAGAGAAGCUAAUAAUUCGAUGUCAUCACUGUAUCUACACGCAACACGGAUGUGAGAGAGAGCGCACCCACAAAACACUCUAUACCGUUUAAGUGUAUAGCUAAUAAUGUAACUGGAAUCAUAACGAAGAAAUACGUAAGCGAUUACGUAGGAGACGUUAGUGCGCAUGCGCGGCGGCCAUGUUUAUUAAGUGGCGCAUGCGCCGGAGUGACACGCACGCAACGCGGGGCGGAUGGCGCAGCGGGCGGCGAGCGGUGCGACAGGCCGCGAUUUAUAGUACAAAAUAAACUUAACGUUAAUGAAAUAAAAGGUGUAACGAUAAACGACGAUUAAGAAAAGAAAAGAAAAAAAAAAGAAGAAAAAAAGAGAAUACAAAGAAAACACAACUGUGAAGUUUUGUAACUCGAUUAACGCUACAUACGCGUCAUGGACUUUAUUACGAUUCGCGUUCGGGCAGUCAUGGCUGCCAACAAAGAUGGCUGCCUCGACAUUGCGCGUACGUUAAUCCAACGGAUUCACGUUUGUGUCGCGGUUCUCGCGUGAAUCGGCGCAUUGGAAAUUCUUCGAUUUUACGUAUGACGGCCAUUUGACGUUUCACAAUAAUAAUCACAGUAUUUCGUCACACUAGUACAAAUGCUACCUCACACACGAUAAUACAGGGUGCACCCGGAUGCUUACGAUUCUAUUACUCUUCGCCGCGUACGACGCACUAAAGGGUGAAGUAUACGCGAAUCUUACUGGAACGCCAAUUUUUAUGUCUCACCAAGUAUAAUAGACAUUGUUAACGUACGUUAGGAACGAUACACGUCGAAUAACGGGAAGUCGCUAGAUGCAAGGAAAUAUGAAAAAAAAAAAAAAUUGUCACUUUAUUUGUUUUCACCCUUUUUUUUUAAAUCUCUUAUCGAGUGAAUGGCGGGAACCAUUGAGUUUAAUCUCGGUUCACCUUUUGCCGUCACUGAUCAUUUUCAUCGUCACCGUCAUUGCCAAAACUUUUCACCGUCAUUAUAUUCAUCACCGACAAGUCCUUUCUCUCUCAGGUAUAGGAAAAUCAAGUACAAACUACAAAAUAUAAUAGUCGAUAAGUGUAACAUACAAUAAUCAAACGAUGCAAUAGUUUUUUUUUUUUGAAUCUAUAAUAGAAAAUACGACUUUUGAGUCGCCCUGAUGAUGCUGGCGCGAUUACGUCCACUUAUUUACCAAGACGAUAGUAGAUACAGUGAAGAAAAACGGCUGCGUACGAUUACAAAGUUGAGAACGUUGUUGAAAGAAAAAAAUAUAUAUAUAUAUAUAGUACACGACCAGCGUUAACGACAGAAUCUCCUUGCGUCUAUUGAAUUGACAUUUUUUUACCACAUAUAUAUAUACAUAAUUUCUCACCUCUAACAAUUUUUUUUUUAAUUUCUAAAUACAUAUAUAUAAAAAAAAUAAGACAUUUCCCAUAAUUAAAAAUGCCUAAUUCUUAAAUUUCUCGAAAUUCCGCUUCGUUUCUCUUUUUUCACCCUUGCUCUUCUUCUCCUCGUAUUUUUUUUACUAAUACAAAAAAAAAAAAAGAAAACAUUUCUAUCAUCACCGCAUCAUUUUUGAAACGUAACUGACCUUUCAACGAUGGUCGAAUCGCCCCGUACGAAAUUCAGUGCUCAAAGAACGUGACGAACCCUGAAAGUCGCAUUAGACGUAAAACGUAGCGUAACGCCACUAUAUAUUACAUUAAUGAAAAUAAAGGGGAAAAAAAUACAUUACAAACAAAUACCGCCUCUACCUCAGAAAUCCACGUACACGUACAUGAGCACGAUACGUAGUCCCAUUGUUCUUAUUGUAAUCAGCAUCUAAAGGCAAAAAGCGACAUCUCGGAAAUACGACAUACGAGCCCACGAAGUAUUAUUUUGUAAUCGAUUAUACACAAUUACGGCGAACCGUAUAUACGUAAGCGCGUAAUAUUGUAAGGGCAUCCCCCUCUCCCGUCCUUCGGUCCAAAAGAAAGAAAAAAAAAGAAAAAAAAGUCCCAGCAAAUUUCACCAUAGAAUUUUCCUUAGAGCAGAUUGCCCCAUCCAAUACCUGAAUAUGGAUUCCUAUGACGAAUCACCCUGGUAUCCCCCCUCCUUCCCUUCACGACACCCCCCCCCUCCCCCGUCACCCCAAGUAUGUAAAUACACCAGUUUAAUAUUUAUUUAUUUAUGUUUCUAUGCGCUGGACGCGUCCAUGUUACACGUAAUCGCAGAUUAAUUAACGAUGUUCCCCCUAUUGAAUAGCGAAGAGUACAUUCAUCCUUAUAUUAAAAUAUUCUUGUUAGAAUCUAAGAGCCCCGAACCGUCGCGGUUCCGCGUUGCUGCGUGAAAUUUAUAUAUAUAUAUGUUUUUCUUUCUUUUUCUUUUUUUUUUUCUUUUCUUCGUGAAAUGCGUCACAGAAUUUCCGAUGGUACGUUACGAGGUAACGAGCUUUCUUUUGUCCCUCCGUACAUUCGUCGUGGAGCGUGUACAAUUUUUGGGUUUCGCGAAUGAUUUUUUUUUUGGUUUGAAAUUAUGAAAUUUUUUUUUUACCGUACCGUAUUGUGUUUUACGUUAUAUUUUCUAUUUUAUUAUAUAUAUAUAUAUUUGUUAAAAGAAUUCUUUUUCACGGUUUACAACGGGUCAGUCAUCCGAGGAAUGUACGGUGGGAGAAUCAUGCAAUUUGUAUACUAAGAAGUGGUUACCAAUUUUCUUUAAUUAGAGACCGUAAGUUCACGUUAACGUUAAACAGUAACAUUAUAUUAAAAAAAAAAGUGGUGGAUAAAAUUCGUGAGUUAUCCUGAGGAAGUAUAAGAAACAAAAAAUGGAUAUAAGAAUUAUUUGCUAAGGGAUGGAAUCAGUGUAUGAGAGAGAGAGAGAGAGAGAGAGAGAGAGAGAGAGAGAGAGAGAGAGAGAGCGAGGGUCUUAACAGGCCGUGAAAAAGUGCGAAACGUUAAAAAAAAAAUUUCAAUCCUACGUACAAAAAUGCGUCGCCUACGUCACCGUGGUGACGACAGAGAAAAAAAUGCUGGGAUAAUUGGAUAUUUUUUUUAAAAUUUCUUCACAACGAACAUUUUUAAGUGUAAACGAGAAAACUGUAACAAUUUCUUAAAUGGGAACGAGUGAGUGUGUGUGAAAGAGAGGGUGAAAAGAGAAAAACAAGAAAAACUGAGAGUGUUCUUUGUUUUCGUUUCUUGAACGUGUCGCCAGAUGGCACUGUAGCGCUGCGACGCACCCUCGAGUGUAACUCACCACUUCUUUUUUUUUUGUUUGUAUAAAAAUUAAUCGAAAUUUACGUAGACUAUUAAUAACUGUUUAAUUAUUGUAAGACCAGAAAGAAAAAAAAAACUUUACCAUUAACUAUAAAUUACUAAAAAUUUAAUUUCGUCCAUGUCUUAUCGUUUCAUUCAGUCGUGUCCUUUUAAUUUUUAUUUAUCGACUUGCGACUUGGUUUCUUCGUCUUUCUUCUUCUAUCGAUGUUUCCCGUGUCGCGAGUUAUUACUGUUAUCGAUACACGCAUCACAGUACAAUCCACGUACAAAUUUAAUCGUAACUGUGACCUGACGAACACACAUUUAUUAAUCGUAUUCGCAAGAUUCCUCGUGUGCACGGUCCAAAAUUUUGUAAAUUCAUCGUUUUUCGACGAUUUCGCAUUUCUCAUUGCGAAUGAAAUGAAUGUCAAUGAAAUUUGCCACGUAAAUUUUGAAAAAAGUUGAGAAAAAGAAAAAAUAUUUCACAUUUUUUUUUCUUUUUCAGUGACAGAUCAAUAAUUUUCAAAUUUUUGGAACUUUUCUUUGGUAGGUAUAUAUAUAUAUAUUUUUUUUUUCGCUGAUAACAAUGGUACAAACAAUAGUACGCUUUACUCGAUUACGAAAUAAAUACAGAAAACAACACUAUUCGUAAAGCAAUAGAUCGCUGCUAUAAUGCGAGUUACCAAAAAAUCGGAUAUUUCGUGGCUGACCACUGUGAGCCAUUAUCUACUAUAAUAGAACGUACGUAUAACAUCAUGUAAAAGAUAAAUUUUUGUAAAGUCAUUAACGCAGACCCGACCGUCCACGUAACGAGGAUAUAUAUUUUCAUUUUGUAAAGAAAAAAAGAAGAGGCGCUAUGUUGUAAUUGACGAAAAAAAAAAAGAUAAAAAAAUUUCGAAAAAAAAAAAGUCAUACGAAGUCUCGAGUGCUUCUGCGAGACGAUCGCGAGUGUACAAGUGUCCGGCAUGCAUAUUAAGAUGACUGUAAUUAAAUAGGCCAAUUUUAUCAAGUAUAAGGAUGUAAAAUUUUGUAAAGUUUCCUUUUCUUCAUUUUUUUUUUUUUUUUUUUUUUUUUUUCAUAUCGUACCGUUUACUGUUGCUUUACGCGAUUAAAACAAAAAAUACGUGUCGGUUACUGUUUGCGCAAAAAGGACUAAUGAAUUCUUAAACCUACGUGAAUAUAUCGAGUUGUUCUUUUUUUUUUCUUAAAAUUACAUACGAUGAGCGUACGUCGGCUGGUUUUUGGAAAAAAAAAAAAAUGAAAACCAUCAAUUUCUCUGUUGAGUUUUGAGAAUGAUUUUUUGAGUUUUUAAUUUUCACGGACACCGUUACAGAAUUCGUAUGUAAUCGUCAUUAUUAAAAUGAAAUUUAAUGAUUUUUUAAUUGCGUCUCAUUGAGGCUAAUUUUACGUGAUUUCGUAAUUAAGACGAUACGCUAAUUAGCCAUCUCAUCCGAGCCUUGUAAUAAUCAGUGUUGCGAAAUUACGUAUGUUCGCGAAUUUCAGCGUAUGCGAAAAUAGAACAAGGAUGCGUAUGCAUGCGAGAGACGUUAUUGUGUGGUGGGGAAAAAAAAAAGCGAGGAUACAUUAAUUACGAGAAAUUUUUAUUUUUAUGGAAACGAGGCGACGUACGUUAAUCAACAAAAUCUAGUAUAAUCGGAGUUAAUGAACUUUAAAAAAUUUCCCAAUGAAACCGAUCACCAAAAAAGUUAAAAGAAAAAAAAAAGUGAACGACUCGAUAGUUUGCGCCACGGAUGAAAGUAAAAAAGAAAUUUGAAAGAAAAAGGAAUUAUACACUUUAUUUCCUAGAUAAAUAAAAAUAAUCGAAACGUAUAAACGAUUGAACACUAAAAAAAAAAAAAACGUUCGGACCAGUUCGCGUCUGUCUUGAAGAAGAUGUAGUGAUGUAAGAAAAAAAAAGAAAAAAAGAAAAAAUUUUGAAAAAUAAAAAAGCAAGCAACGCCGACUCAAUUCCUUGGUACAACGAGAUAUGUAACCUACGUGUGAUACAGCGUUUAAGAUGAUGAAAAAAAAGAAAAUAAUUUAAAGAAAAUAAAAAAAUGAGAUAAAACAAUAUCUAAGAAUUAAAUUCUCAUGUAAUAUGCGCGUGUUUACAGGGUAAAAAAAAAACGACAGAAAAUCGUGUGACUUGAUUCGCAGUCAAAUACGGUGUUUUGCAUGUGGUUUAAACAGUUAAUAAAGCAGGUGUUAAUUAACGUGUAAAUCGUCUAAAUGUACAAGAGAAAUAAUUGGUGGCGUUUUAAAGAGUCUUGCAUCGGGUUGAAAAAAAAAAGAAAAAAAAAUAAUAACGGUAUCACCGUACAGGUAUCAUGGUCGAAUUAUAUCUUCGCGUUAAUAAGCUCUAAUUGAUCGUUAAGAAUAUUGUCCUCGUUAAGAAAAAAAAAAAAAUCGAUUAAUUAAUCGCGACUAAGAGGCACGUUUAUUGUCAUAGAGACACGGUAAGUUUUCUUUUUUUUUUUUAGUUUUUCACAUAUACAUUAUUUUUACUAUAAUUUAACACACUCCACUCGAUUUUCAGAUAAACCCUGAUUUUUUAAUUCGGCAGGAUCUUGAACGAUGAUAACCGCCAUUGUUUUUUUUUUUCAUUUGCGAAUUUCUAAUUCGCGUGACACACUGUGACAGAUGUAAAAGUUGAAGACGGUGCUUAAAUUAUAAUUUUUUAAAUCCAAAAUUGCACCGUUCGUUAUGAAGUCAAAAAAGCAAGUUUAAUUAUUCAAAAAUUAAAAUAUACACACGAUAUCUGUAUAGUAUAUACAUAUAUAUCAAGUAAAAAUUUAUCAACGCAACUGAAUGUUUUGGUACAAAUUUGAAAAAAAAAAACGUUUCAAGCUUUUAUCUUCGUCACGGUCUAAAAUCUGUGGGUUUGAAAAAAAAUUGUGUUGGGUAUAUUUAUGUAAGUGCGUAAAGGAUACAUAUAUACAUAUAUAUACCCACGUGACUACCGUACGAUUUCACUACAGGCGCAUCAUUCGAAUUUGAAACACUAUGGUGAACCAGAGCACCUCAGCUUCAAAUUAAAAAAAAAAAAGAUAAAGAAGAAGAAUGCGCGUUAACAAUUAUUACGAAUGAUAAUGCUCACGUUAACACGUAGAUAUAGAUGCUAACGUCAUUUUCAAAUUUGAAGUACAAUAGCAUCGUUUACGCAAUAAAUCGCCAUAGCCGCCAUAGAGUCUUAAAGACUUUCAUGAUAUAUUAAAAUUCAUAUUUUUUCAUUUCCGUCUAAAAAGGUAUUUUCGAGUCACGAGUCAAAAUUAGGCAAACUGUAUACACGAAAAAAAAAAUUUUAUUUUCAAAAAUCCGCUUCCUACGGUAUUACGUAAAAUUCGAAAAACCAUGAAAUAAUGAAUUUUGCCUGACACAAGUUCACGCGACGCGUCAAUCACGUCGCCCGAUAAAAAAUUUUUGUUUACCGAUAAGAAAAUGGAUUUGGGCUCGUGACAAGAAAAACAAAAAGAAAUGGAAACACGUGUAGCUCCGAGAUAAGACAUGUUUAUAUUUUGAAAAAAGUAAAUCGCUAUCUCAAAAGGAUACAGAAGCAUAUAGCUCCAUACGGCAGAUAGAAAUUUUUCAAAAAAGAAAAAACCGGAGUCGAGUGCAACGCCACAGGCACAAAAAAAACCAAGGGGUCCUUGUACGAGAUAGUGUUGAUGUAAUUUCUACAAGAUCAAGCGACGAUUGCUGACGUUAUUGGCUGAUGCGUAAAUAAAAUAAAAAAGAGAAACAGAAGGAAAAUUCGCGACGACGAAUAGAACGAAGUCCGGCCGAGACGGUUUUUUGACUAUAAAGAAAUUUUGACUUUUUACUUUCUCGUUUUGCGUCGACGGUUUAAUCGCUGCGUUUAUGCGUUUCUCUUUUUUUUUUAAUACUAGGAAUGCGUAAGAUUUAGAGAAAUACCCCGGGUUACACUCACUGGCUGAUAAGCUCGAAUUAAAAAGAUUGACGUGAUUGGUCCCUGUCAAUUAAGCGAUUGGCGUAUUGGUCCAGACCGAAGAUUGGGAUUGAGAGAGUGAGAGAGAGAGAAUGAAGAGUGUCGAGAGAGAAUGGUAUAGGUACGGAGUGAAAUUUUUGAAAAAAAAAAAUUAAUGACGAAUGAAACGCUGCAAUACGGACACCCGUUAGAAAAUCGUCGAAUACGACCUACCGGGUGUCGCGCAGUUAGGGUGCGUGUAUCUAAUGGAAAACAAAAGAGAAGUGAGUGUAAUCCACGUACUUGAUUCGUUGAGCGAUCGGGAAUUUUCCAUGUAAUCGCCAGUGCGCAUGCGCGUCGGAUCGUACGAAUAAAGUCGUCACCGCGCAGUCGAUCGACAGUCGGAUUUUAAAUCUUGCGAUUUUCAAAUCCGCGCGCGCUCAACGAGCCAAGGGAACGAUGUGUCUGUGAUUAAUCAGAAUCGAUUGAUGAAUUCGAUUAUAAUUAAUUCGUGAUUGAGUAGCCAAUAAUUAAUAACUAAUAGUAAUACCGAUUAACGAUAUCUAAUGUAAUUAUGCUCCAAGUUGAAUAAUACGCAAAGGCGCGAAAAUUGAGGUUUCAUUAUGUAGUUAAAAAUACCGAAUUGGCUUUGAUAUGCUGAUAGGCGAUAAGAUAACCGAUAAGUGGGACAUAGGAAGAGUCUCUUUUUUGAAUUGUAAAAUGAUGACGGCGAGGACGAUGACGAUGUUGAUUAUGAUAAUGACGACGAUGAUGACGAUGAUGGUUACGACGACGAUUAUAUCGUAAUCGAUUACGAUGACGAUCGAUGGGUAAACGAGGAGGUUAAGGGUCACGUGGAGAGAUAAAAAAAGAUUAAUGAAAACAAUUGAUAACGUACGCAAUGGGGAAUUAAGGCGUAAGCAGGUCGUAAAAUUAAGAAAGUAGGAUCUCGAGGGAUUUUUUCAUACGGAGUUUAGAUUCGAUGUGGCGAAACUUUUAUAUAUAUAAUACGUGUAAUCGGACGGCGCGUGGGGUUUUCGAUUGAUAAUGAAUAAACUCAUUUAUUAAAGGAUAAAUUAAUUGUCUACUGAAUUCAUUAGAUGCUAAGCGAGUUCAUUGAGUAUUUUUAUUCAGUGUAAAAUUAUGUAUAUCGUCGAACGAUUUAUUAUUGUACUAUGACGCCUAUGUCUUACGACUAAUUGAAAACGCAGUGAUCAUGCCUUAUAAAAUCGCAGUGAAAGUUUGAUUGUAAACGAUCGUUUGGUUAUGGGUUGUAAUUAAAAAGGAAAAGAAAAAAAAAAAGAGUGAAUUUUCAAAUUUUAAUUAAUCGUACAGUUUUUUAAUACUCGCAUUACCUGCGCGUAAUGAUGUACGUAUAAUUUGGUUUAAAAAAAAUUGUUUACAGUCAUUUCCGAAUGAUCGAACUUUUAUUGCGCUUCAUAGAAAAUAACCUAAAGACGGACUGCUUCUCAAGUCAAAUUUUAUGAAAUAAGGUGUGAAGGGCGUGGUAAAUUGAUAUAAAAACGAAAAUUCGAAUGAGAAUAUUUAUAUGGUAUUAAUGAGUGUAUCGCGUUUUAUCAGCCGUUUCGAAAUUUUCAAUUUUUUCGCGAAUAUCCAUUUGAAUUGAGAAGCCGCACUAGCUAUGGUACAUAUACAAGAAAGCAAAAAAAGGAAAAUAAGAUACAAAGAAAAGUAAACAGGACAAACAACAAAAACAAUUAUUAUCGUCGUGUUUAAAUAUAUGGAAAAAAAAAAAACGGUGGUUAUGGAAUAAACAAGACGCAACAAUGUUAAUGUGUGUAAGCAGUAAGGUGUACCAAGACAACACUAAUAAAAUUGUUGCAAAAUAAA